UAAAAACAUUCUAUAAAUAUAUUACAGGAUUUAAAAUUAUAUCAUUCCACCUAAAAAAGUAUGAAGCCAACCAGCUUAUUUGUUCUUUCCAUUGUCUUCUUCUUGUCAGGAAACACUAUAGUUGAAGCAUGUAACUUCCACAUCAUCAACAAAUGUCCAUAUCCAAUAUGGCCGGCAAACGCGGCAAACGAUGGCCACCCGGUGUUAGCCUCCGGCGGUUUCUACCUUCCACCAGGCGAACAACGAAAAAUUCAAGCUCCGGCUGAUUGGGUAGGGCGGAUAUGGGCUAGAACAGGUUGCAAAUUCGGUUCAGAUAAAGUACCCGCGUGUGAGACAGGUGAUUGUGGUGGGAAAUUAUGCUGCAAUGGGCUAAUCGGGGCCCCACCCGCAACAUUGGUCCAAAUUGCAUUACAACCGGACAAAAGCAAACCUAGUUUUUACGACGUUAGUCUAGUUGACGGUUAUAAUGUCCCGGUUUCAGUAACUACUAUACCUUACUCAACCAAAUGUCAUAUUGGAGGGUGCAAAAGGGAUAUUAACGAUUGUUGUCCUCAAGAACUCGAGGUUUUGAACGAUAAGGGGGAAGUCGUUGCUUGCAAAAGCGCGUGUUUGGCUUUUGACAAUGACAAGUUUUGUUGUAGGAACGCGUAUGGGGCACCUAGUAAAUGCAAGCCGACUGUGUAUUCGAAGAUUUUUAAGGAUGCCUGCCCGUCUUAUUACAGUUACGCCUACGACAAUCCCCCACCGUUGGUUAAUUGUCCUUCGGAUGACUAUUUGAUAACGUUUUGUCCUUCGCCACGGGUUAGUCAAGUAGAAUCUGCAUAGGUUUGUUAUGAAUGAUUGUGUUUUGAACUAUUGGUGUCACAAUAGUCUAAUACAUUGAUUAUUAUGUAUUCAUAUGACCUGAAUUUAUAUAAAUAUAUUGGUUUGAAAGAACAAAACUUUAAACAA